AAAAUAAAAAUUGUAUUUUUAGUAGCUAAUCCACAUAGAGGACUAAAUCUGUACGGGUUUUAGGUUUCCAUUCGGUCUCUGGUCUCGUGCGCCGGCGGUUGGUGUGUGCUCUGCGCUAUAUAAGGUAGAAGCCGCGCCUUCUUCCCUCCGUUCUUGCCUUAAUCCUCGCAGCCUUUCUUCUUUCUAUAUGUAGCCAUUAACGCAGCUGCGCUGCUCCUUUUCUGCACCCUUUUCAAUUAAUACCAAAUAUCGUCGGUUAUAUUCCUUGGACCAGUUUUAUCUCCAGCUGUGGGAAACACGUGAAAGGGUUUGCGCUUGGCAUGUUAAGCUCUGCUAUCCCGUUGAAGGAUUGAAUUCUUUGCGAUUGCUCUCAGGUUGCUUCGUGAUGAUGUUGCAGAGAUUUUUUUAUGGGUGCUUUGUUCUUUGUUCUUUUAAAUGAUGGUUCUUCUAUAGGAAGAGGUGCGGGGCCUGGAAUUUCAUCACUUGCUUUUGGCGUUUUAGUUUUUUAGUAUUUUGGGGGCAAUGGAGAACGAGAGCUGUUCAUGGGUUACCAGGGCAAAGUUCUCUCAAAACACUUUCAUCCGUUCUGGUUCUUCUAGAUUGCUAUCCUUUAGAUUGGACUGCCAAUCUGACAGAGACUUGGACCUGAAGAAAGAAAGUUCGAGCUCAGAUUCAAUGGCAAGGGACUCUGGUUUAGGCUUCUCAAAUGCAGCUUUUAUGGCUAGUAGCUUUGUACAAUUGAGCAACACUAGCUCUGUUUCAGAAGGGAAGCCGUUGGCCACUUCUGGUAGAAAAACAGAUGGAAAAUCAGAGAGCAAGAUGAAGGAUUCAAGCCUUGUUUCUUCAGAUUCGAUUUCUUCUAAAUCCUCUCUGCAACAUGGCAGUAGCGAGUCUUCCUUGACCUUGAUGAAGGAGUCCAAUUUACAACCUGUUGGGUUCUCUUUCCAUCCCAAUCUACGCGCCACAGUAGAUACAUUGAAACUGUUUUCUUAUGCAGUUUGGUUUGAUUCCAGUAGGAAAAAAUUGGCUCAAAUGAAACGAAAAUCCAAACCAAAGCGAAGAUCUAUUUCUCCACAGCCAACCACCAUUUCUUCUGAUCUCUUUAAAGAGGCAAAAUCUCAUUCAAAGAGGUUCUCAACACCACCCCGUAGUAGAAAUAAACAAGUCAAUAAUGAGUUGAGCACUCUCCAACAAAUUUCCUUUGUGAAAGGCAUUACCAAGUUAAGGGCAAAGAAAGAGAGACCCUGGGCAAGGUAUUUUGAUAAUGGUGUAGUUAGAGUGACAGCAGUGGAGACCACAGAGAAGUGGAUUGUAAAUCUUUCUGAGUUGUAUUUUGGGGCUAGAUUUGCCUGUGGAGCUUAUAGUAGACUUUACCAUGGCAUGUAUAAGAAUCAACCAGUUGCUGUAAAACUUAUUAGAUUGCCCGAUGAAGAUGACAGUGGAGUCAUGGUGGCACGCUUAGAAAAGCAGUUCACCAGAGAGGCAACUUUUCUAUCUCAUCUUUGUCACCGCAAUGUGAUCAAGCUUGCUGGGUUUUGCAAAAAAUCUCCCGUCCUUUUCAUCAUCACUGAAUAUCUUUCUGGAGGAUCUUUGUGGGCAUUGUUGCGCAAACUUGAUCGCUCGCCACUUCCUUUGGAUAAUCUGAUUUCGAUUGCGCUAGAUGUUGCCCGGGGCAUGGAGUACAUUCAUUCACAAGGAGUUAUUCAUCGUGACUUGAAGUCAGGGAAUAUUUUGUUUGAUAAGAACUUGUGUGUAAAAAUUGCUGAUUUUGGAGUGGCAUGUGAAGAAGCAUAUUGUGAUGUUCUUGGAGAUGAAGCUGGCACUUACCGCUGGAUGGCUCCUGAAAUGAUUAAACACAAGCCUUAUGGGCGCAAAGUCGAUGUUUACAGCUUUGGGCUUCUGUUAUGGGAGAUGAUUACAGGUGCCAUUCCAUAUGAAGAAAUGACACCAGUUCAGGCAGCUUUUGCAGUUGUUAAUAAGAACUUACGGCCCGUUAUUCCGGCCGACUGUCCGGUAGCCCUGAGGAUGUUGACCGAGCAAUGUUGGUCAACACUACCAGAGAAGAGACCAGAGUUUUGGCAGAUUGUUAAGGUCCUAGAACAGUUUGAAUCUGAUCUAGUUCAUGGUGGAACACUCGAGCAAAUUCAAUUUUUAAGUCGCCAAGAUCACAAAAAAGGACAUUUAGUUUGGGUUGAAAAGCUGAGACCUUCAAAAGUUGAUAGCUUUAGCCCUCCAAAUGCCAAAAAAUUGUAAACUUCAUUCUUGUCCAUCGUUUUGAAUAGUUUUGAUGGCUUCUAAACUGUAAUUGUAUGUAUCUGCAUCUACUGAACAAAAUGUUGCUCGGUUUCAAGAAGCAUUUAGUUGGCAUCGCAUUGAUUUUUUUUUA